UGCCGCACUAAACAGUCCACUAUGAGCUCUUCAAGGUGCGACGGUGUGAUGCGCACCAGGCUCUCCACUAAGUAAGGGAAGCUCUCCAAACACUUGGAGACACGAGUAAACACGAGUUUACCAACAAUGGAGGGCACGAACAAUACGACAGCCUGGUCUGAGUUUGACAACCCUUCAAAUAAAACCCCCAAACCUGAAGACGAGGAGAUGAAGCUGAGUUAUCAAGUGGUCACGUCCUUCCUUCUUGGCGCGCUCAUCCUGUGCGCAAUAUUUGGGAACGCUUGCGUGGUUGCAGCCAUCGCCUUGGAGCGGUCUCUCCAGAAUGUGGCCAACUACCUGAUCGGUUCUCUGGCUGUCACCGACCUGAUGGUGUCGGUGCUGGUGCUGCCCAUGGCGGCGCUUUACCAGGUCUUAAACCGGUGGACUCUUGGCCAAGUUCCGUGCGACAUCUUCAUCUCCCUGGAUGUGUUGUGCUGCACGUCGUCCAUCCUGCACCUGUGCGCCAUCGCCCUGGACAGAUACUGGGCGAUAACGGAGCCCAUAGAGUACAUGAAGAAGAGGACACCGCGUAGAGCCGCGGUCCUCAUCAGUGUCACCUGGCUCGUCGGAUUCUCCAUCUCAGUGCCGCCAAUGUUAAUCAUGCGCUCCCAGCCCAGCAGUAUGGCAGAGGACAGGGCGAACCCCAAGCAGUGUAAGAUCAGGCAAGACCCCUGGUACACAAUAUACUCAACGUUCGGGGCUUUUUACAUCCCGCUGACGCUGAUGCUGGUUUUAUAUGGGCGGAUAUUCAAAGCGGCCAGGUUUCGGAUCAGGAGGACUGUGCGUAAAACGGAGAAAAAGAAAGUGUCCGACUCUUGUUUGGCGUUAUCCCCUGCCCUGUUCCACAAAAAGACACCCGGAGACGCGCAGGGCAAGAGCUGGAAAAGGAGCGUGGAGCCCCGGCCACUGCCGAGCGUAAACGGCGCGGUGAAACACGCGGAAGACGGCGAGUCUCUGGAGAUCAUCGAAGUUCACAGCAACUCCAAAGGCAACCUGCCGCUGCCCAACACCCCGAGCUCCGUGCCGCUGUUCGAGAGCAGGCACGAGAAGGCGACCGAGGCGAAAAAGAAGAUCGCGCUGGCACGGGAGCGCAAAACGGUGAAGACUCUGGGCAUCAUCAUGGGCACCUUCAUCCUCUGCUGGCUGCCCUUCUUCAUCGUCGCCCUGGUCAUGCCUUUUUGUCAGGAGUCGUGCUACAUGCCCCGCUGGCUGGAGGAUGUCAUUAACUGGCUGGGCUACUCCAACUCGUUGCUCAACCCCAUUAUUUACGCGUACUUCAACAAAGACUUUCAGAGCGCAUUCAAGAAAAUUAUCAAGUGUCAUUUCUGCAGACCGUGACCGGUCACCCAGGUGAGAAGAGGAGCAGCCCUAAAAACCAACAGCCUAUAAAAGUGGCACAGAGAUUGUUACUCUGAAUACAGAAUGACGCUAAAACCGAAAAGAGGGCUCAUAAUGAUUACUGUCGAUCAUCACCAUCGUUAUCAGUACUGAAAUAUCCCCAGAGAUGUCUGUAGCCUAUGCAUAGAUAAAGCUGUGAUCGUUUGAUUGAAGCUCCAUGUUGCUCAUCCUGUUAUGUGGUCAAUAAAGAAAUACUUUUUAA